UAUUUUAAACAGUAAAUUACGACAUUUUGAACACUCCCUUAAUAAUUGUAAGUAGUGGCAGAAAAAGCUAUACUGGGUGUCACAUCGGUUUUUGGUCAGAUAAUAAAUUUUUAAAAAAAUAUGGUGCAUAUUAAAUGAAAAAAUCUUGUGUAAAUUCAACUGAUGAUGGAUCUAAAUUUUUUGAAACAUCAGUUAUGACUCCAAUUGCAAUAGCACUUUUAUUCGUUAUAUCUUCAACUGUCGCCCUUCCAGCUAGUAACGAACAAUUAGACAAGGCAACAAUAAACGAUGUAUUAGUCAACGCGGUAUCAGAAGAGAAGAAACAUGAUCAAACUCCUCUACAAGUCCAAUCAGUUGGAGUUGGAGCCCAGCCACCAGCUUCCACCAUCCAAAUAACUGGGCUGUCAACUGGAGCUAGCUCGCCUCAACCAUCUGCUCCUGAAGAAAAUUCUUCCAUCAAACCGCCACGAGUUGGAACCAUGUUUGCUAGGUUCAUUGAUGACAUAUUUCAAAUCCCAAUUACAGUCCUACAAAGUGUAGCUAGACUCAUAACGAAUCCAUUCCAAAGGAAAUCGCCAGAAAUUGUGGCCACCGUUUCGUAGAAGACGAAUAAAAUCUUUAGUUUAUAAGGAAGACCAAGAUUUUUUUUCACCAAUACAGAUUGUGAAGUUCCUUGUUUUUCUAUGAAUAGUUUAUAAUAUUGUGA